AUGGUACAUCUCCUACGGCUGACCUUGACACAACGGCGUACAUUGACCUCUGUUGCCCGAAAAUCACUCUGGCAAUUUCCACCCAGCCCUGGACCUUCAAUUCCCCAACACAAACUUAUUGACGAGGAGAAGUUUCCUGGGUAUGACUCAGGAGCUUACUAUCCAGCAAAACAAGGGGAAUUAUUAGCGGAUAAAUUCCAACUAGUUUUGAAAGUCGGCUUUGGAACACAAUCAACUGUGUGGUUCGCCCGAGAUAUCUCAAGGUUAAAAUGGCAAGCUGAAAACAUAGUCGCAUUGAAAAUCAUCAACAGUAACGAUUCCGACAAAGCCGAUUAUGCAAAGGAGCUUGAAAGCUACAUCAGGCAGAAAAAUCCGAAACACCCUGGACAUAUGAUUGUACGAGCAUGUCUUGAUGAACUCGUGGACCCUUUUUGGCUUUUCCAGGAUCGUUUCGUUGAUCGGGAGAUUCCUUUGCCUCUAGCAAAAGCCUACAUUUACUCUAUUCUUAAUGGCCUUGAUUAUCUUCAUUCGGAGUGCGAAGUCGUUCAUGCUGAAAGAUUUAACGAGUUUCUUAGAUCUCAAUUCAUGAGCUUCGAAAACGAGGAAAUUUUGACUGACUUUGUUAAACGACGACAGGCAAUGGAAUUCAAAAGGGGCGGACUGUUUAUCUCUGUCAUAACAACUUCGGUCCUCUCGUUCCGAAAGAUGUUCCCUAAGAUAACUGAUUUCGGAAAUGCACUUAGGCUGGAGAAGCCACCCCCUCGAGACGGAGUAGAGGGUGUGGCUUUGGGAAUUAAUCCUAUUCAACCUAAUCAUUACCGUGCUCCAAAGAUCAUUCUUGGCUUUGGCUGGGAUUUCAAGGCAGAUAUUUGGAAUUUUGGCGUGAUGUUAUGGAAUAUGCUAGGGCACAGAGUGCUGUUUCAACAAGUACAAGACGAAUAUGGUCGAUAUGACGCGAAAGCACACCUUGCCGAAAUGAUUGCGCUACUUGGGCCGCCACCCGAAGAAUGGCUCUCGAAAUCAUAG